AUGGCGACUCCAACUUCAACCUCGCUCGCACAUACCUGCACCCGCUGCCUCCGCUCACGGACCCCCCAAUUGUCCCGUCAGUUAUACCUCCCCGCCAUCUCCAAUAACCGUACUUUCUCUGUCCUCCACCGGCCCCCACCAAACUAUCCCGGCCAUGUCCCGCUCAAACUCCCCGAACGCCUCUUCCUCGCGGCUGGAUCCGCCAUAAUUUCCUUAAUCGACCCCCGCCGAGGUGAUCUAAUCGCUUUACUCGGUGAAACAACCGCACAGCCAUACUUCAUCUACCGUCUCCGUGACAGAAUGUUAAAACACCCUACGGGUCGAAGAAUCCUCCGUGAUAGACCAAGGAUUACAUCACAAAGCCUUUCUUUACCAUACUUGAGAUCUCUACCGGCAAAUACUAUCGGUGCCACUUAUGUAUCUUGGUUAGAUCGGGAGGGUGUUAGUCCUGAUACUAGAUCCGAGGUUCGGUAUAUUGACGAUGCGGAAUGUGCAUAUGUCAUGCAGAGGUACAGAGAGUGUCAUGAUUUUUAUCAUGCAAUAACGGGCUUGCCUAUUGUUAGAGAAGGGGAGAUCGCAUUGAAAGUAUUCGAAUAUGCAAAUACUGGACUUCCUAUGACUGGGCUUUCGGCUUUUAGUACAUUGACGGUGAAGAAGGACGAGAGGGAUAGACUGCUUAGCGUUUAUUUCCCUUGGGCGAUAAGGAACGGUUGGAAGGCGGAGAGCCUACUUAAUGUUUAUUGGGAGGAAGUGUUAGAGAAGGAUGUACAGGAAAUGAGAGAUCAACUGGGGAUCGAAGUGCCACCAGAUCUGAGGAAAACUCGGGCUGAGAUCAGGAAGAAGAGGAGGGAGGAUAAGGGAGGGAAGGUCAAUACUGUGGCUGCGACGACUACUAACGAAGUAGUUGAAGAGGCGAUGGUGGAGACCGAAGCCGAGAGGGAAGAAAGGGAACAGAGGGAAAUUGAGAGGCAGGCAAUGGAAAUUCUGGAACGAGCUGAUAGGAUGUAG